UCUAUUUGUGUUUUGAGAAACAGAUAAGCAGAGGGAAGCAAAAAGCAAAUGGCAGCAUCGGCAACACUGGGAGUGUUUUUGGGAAACACGUCCAGCUUCCGAAAAUCGGAGUCAUGUAAUAAACUCUGUCUCAAAAGAAAUGCGGUCGCGGAGCUAGGAUUCGUUACUUCGCAGCUCAGUGGCCUCAAAAUCUCCUCCGACUUCUCCUAUGAACCGGCCAGACCCAUUGUUACUUCCUUCAAACCCGCUUUUCAACCUGUUGCCCGCAGAAUUUGUCCCUUCACUGGGAAGAAAGCAAACAAGGCAAAUAAGGUAUCUUUCUCAAACCACAAGACAAAGAAGUUGCAGUUUGUGAACUUACAGUACAAAAAGGUUUGGUGGGAAGCUGGGAAACGCUAUGUCAAACUCCGAUUGUCGACCAAGGCAUUAAAGACCAUAGAGAAAAAUGGACUGGAUGCUGUUGCCAAAAAAGCUGGCAUAGAUCUUAGGAAAGAAUGAUGCAAAUGCUUUGAUUAUCUACUCCUUUCGUUUCUGUUCAAAAAGGCAUGCCUGAUCUCUGUAUUUUAAUCAAUUUGGCUUCUAUGCAGUUGAAUCAUUUUAGUUUA